AUGACUGAAGCGCAGAACAGUGUGGCCAGUGCAUCAGGAAACGUAGUGCAUUCACCGAUAGCUGAUCAAAAGAAAAGAAAGGAAAACAAAAAACAACAACUUAUAAUGGAUCAGAAAAUGAACGCGUUCGAGUUCCGAAGACAAGCUGUGUCGUCUAAGUUGCAGCGGAUUAGGGAAGUGCUGGGCAAACCAGAGGAAAUCACCGUUCAUCAUUUGGACACCUAUUUGCGACGGGUGGAUGCUUGUUAUGACGAAUAUAAUAACAUUCAAAACGAAGUAUACGCGUGCUUUCCUGACCAACGCGAGGAGCAGGAAGAAUACUUCAUAGCGUUCGAACAACUCUAUGAGGAGCUCCGCGUGAAGAUUUGCUGUGUUAUGGAAACAUUUCGAUCGAGGCAAGUAGCCGUUCCAGCAGUAGUUACGGCCGCUACAGCUAGAGAACAGCAAGUGAUCGCUAAUCAGCCACCCGGAUUGCCUACUGUUCCACUCCCGACAUUCGAUGGUACGUAUGAACGCUGGUUCAGGUUCAAGCAGUUGUUCCAGGAUCUGAUGCAGAAGCACCCCGGAUUAUCAGACGCAACAAAGCUACAUUACCUGGCGCAAUCAUUAAAAGGGAAAGCGGAGAAUGUUCUCAGUGAGCAGAUUCUGAAUGAGAAUAACUUCCAAGGAGCCUGGAAUAUUUUGGAAGAGCGGUUUGAAAAUAAGCGAACGGUCAUCGACAUUCACGUAGGAGGUCUACUCAAUCUGAAAAAGAUGAACAAGGAAUGCUCAUCCGAUUUGCGGCAGCUAGUUGAAGAAUGCAGUCGACACGUUGAGGCUUUGGAAUUCCACGAUCAACCUAUGGAGGGCAUGUCCGAGCAGUUAGUGGUUUCGUUGCUAACUUCCAAGUUGGAUAAAACUACGCUUAAUCUUUGGGAAAGCACUGUCACGCCGAAGGAGUUACCGGACUACAAAGAGACCAUGCAGUUCCUACAAAACCGUUGUUUUGUUCUUGAGCGUUGUGAGGCUGGGAUGGCGCACAGAACUUGCGAUGGGAUGAAGCCGAAGCAGCUGGUUGUGCCUCAGAGGCAACACGUCAAGGUACAUGCAGCAUUACAAAUCAACGAAAAUGUUUGUCCAGUAUGUGAAGAGUCUCACCACAUCAACAAAUGUAACACACUGAAACAAAUGACGGUGCCCGAACGUAUUGCUAUAGUUAAAGAUAAGCAGCUUUGUUUCAAUUGUUUGAAACGGGGACACCGGGUCGGACAGUGCAAGUCAAGGAUGUGCACGAUUGUAGGCUGCGGAAAGAAGCAUCAUACGCAGUUACAUAACGAGGCUCCAGUGAUGGUGGAGAAGAAAGUCAAUAGUCAGACUGGAUUUGCCGAAGGAAAUGUAUCUGACCAAUCAAAGGAGCAAUCGUUGCAAUCUGAACGAACAACAUCAACAAUCACCUGUUCCAGUGCGGUUGCGAAGUCACGAUACGGUCAUGAGGUGAUAUUGACAACAGCUGUGGUCCAAGUGAGAGAUUUUCGUGGCGGUUACCGUUCAUGUAGAGCGCUUCUGGAUUCUGGAUCACAAUCCAAUUUCUUAUCGGAAAAUUGCGUCAAAAUGCUGCGACUCAAAUUGGAUAAUGUCUGUGUUCCAAUCGUAGGCAUCAACGGAGAGAAGAUAACAGCUAAACAGCAAACUACCACCGAAGUAAAGUCUUCCGUUGGGGAGGCAUCGUGGACGAUGGACUUCCUCAUCGUCCCACAGGUGACUGGUAUCAUUCCAUUGCAGAAAAUCGACGUACGUGAAUGGAAAAUACCGUCAGAACUUAAUCUAGCGGAUCCACGAUUCAACAUUCCCGCCAAAGUAGAUAUGCUGAUCGGAGCCGAGCUCUUUUACGAGCUGCUGAUCACUGAGCGCCUGAAGUUGAACAACGAUAAUCUUAUGCUGUGGAGGUCAGAGCUUGGAUGGAUUGUAUGCGGCUCAUACAAAAGUUUUAAUAAGCCAUUGUUGGUAAAGGCCGCCCCCUGCAAAAUGACGGAUACAAACUUGGAGCACUCUGUACAGCGAUUUUGGGAACAAGAGGAGAUUCCGGAAUCAACGAUAUCUACGGCAGAGAACGAGCAGUGUGUCAAGCAUUUUCAAUCAACUCAUCGGCGAGAAAACGGUCGUUUUUUAAUUCGCUUACCGUUCCGAAGCACAGUCGCUCAACUCGGUAGCUCACGAAACCUAGCAGAGAGACGGUUCCUGCAGAUGGAGCGAAGAUUUGAUUCCCAACCGGAGCUAAAGGAACAGUAUGUAUCGUUCAUCAACGAGUACUUGUCGCUAGGACACUGUCGUAAAAUUAAUAUUGAGGAGAAUAAUGAUAGCGAUUACUUCCUACCGCAUCAUGCAAUUUUGAAACCGACGAGCUCAACGACAAAAAUCAGGGUUGUUUUUGAUGCGUCAGCACGUUCAGACACAAAUCUUUCCUUGAACGACGUGCUGGUCGCAGGACCAGUGUUGCAAGACAGCCUAAUGGCGAUUGUUCUAAGAUUUCGGCGCUACAAAUACGUUUUCACCGCUGAUAUAGUAAAAAUGUUUCGGCAAAUCAAGGUAGAUGAAGCCGACUCGGUUUACCAGAAAAUACUAUGGAGAGAGAACCCGCAGGAACCGUUGCAAACACUCGAACUUACGACUAUAACAUACGGCACGUCUUGCGCACCGUUCUGUGCCACCGCUUGCCUUAAACAAUUGGCACAGGAUGAAAGAGCGGCUUUUCCGAAUGCUUCUCAAAUAGUAGAACAGGAUUUUUAUAUGGACGACGUUCUAUCCGGUGCUGAUGAUCUGCAAAUGGCUUUGGAAGGUCAAGACCAACUAAUAGCUAUGUUACAUCGCGGAGGGUUUCAUUUGCACAAAUGGUGUGCAAACACACCGGUGCUUCUGGAACGAAUUCCAGAACGUGAGCGCGAAAUGCAAGUCAAAAUUGAAGAACAUAGUCCCAAUGAAGUGAUUAAAGCACUAGGAUUGCUUUGGGACCCCAACAGCGACAAUUUUCUAUUCAGAAUUGACACUUCUGAGACACGAGAAUACAACACGAAGCGGACAGUACUGUCAGACACAGCAAAAAUAUUUGAUCCCCUCGGGUUCUUGGGACCAGUGACGAUCAAGGCCAAAAUCUUUAUACAAGAACUAUGGUCCCAUGGUGUAUGCUGGGAUGAACGAUUGACAGCAGAUCAGGAAAGCAGAUGGAAUAGAUUCACUCAAGAAUUGCAGCGCAUCGAUGACUUGAAGAUACCGAGAAGAGCUGUCGCAGAUGGUGCUGUAAUUUUCGAAAUUCAUGGUUUUUCGGAUGCCAGCAAGAAGGCGUACGGCGCAUGUGUGUACCUGCGCAGCGUUAAAUCAGAUGGAACAGCCGACCUCCAUCUAUUGAGCAGUAAAACACGUGUCGCCCCAUUACCGAAGAAAGCUGGUAGUAAACGAAGCAAUAAACCUUUCACCAUACCGAGAGCGGAACUGUGUGGUGCUCAUUUGCUGGCUCAUUUGGUUCAACUAUCGAUUGCCUACGUCUAG